AUGCAUCCAUCCCUGAAAGAAAGUACUUUGAACUACCUGCACAACAGAAAGGCAACAUCUGAAACAAAUUGCCAUGUAACCCUAAGUCACAAACACGUACUUCCUUUCCCUCGCAGUACGGGUAUUAAGUACUCCCACCCGGGAGAGACCGAUGGCACCAGGCUCCUGGCUGUCUGUGACGUAGCCCUUGGAAAGUGUGCAGACUUACACAGAAAAGACUUCUCCUUGUCGGAAGCACCACCAGGUUAUGACAGUGUCCAUGGGGUUCGAGCAACAGCCACUGUCACCACGGACUUCGAGGAUGAUGAAUUUGUUGUGUAUAAAACCAAUCAGAUUAAAUUGAAAUAUAUCAUUAAAUUUUGCCUACCCGGAGAUGAAAUAAAGGACUUUCAUCCUUGUAAUACUACUGAAUUAGAAGAAUCCAGACCUGAGUUUUCAAAUUUUUCAAAGGUUGAAGAUUAUCAGUUACAAGAUGCCAAACCUUUCGGCAACAUCAAGUCUGGCCUUCAGGAUUUCUCUGGCAAUUCAGUUCCUCUUGAGGAGGUUCACAUCAAAGGAAGAAUAAUAGACUUUGUAGCCCAGGUCAUUGUUUUUCAGACAUAUACAAAUCAAAGUUCUGUGCCCAUUGAGGCAAAAUAUAUUUUUCCCUUGGAUGAUAAGGCAGCUGUCUGUGGUUUUGAAGCAUUCAUCAAUGGGAAACACAUAGUGGGAGAGGUUAAAGAGAAGGAAGCAGCCCGCCGUGAAUACCGAGAAGCCAUCAGUCAAGGCCAUGGCGCUUACUUGAUGGACCAGGAUGCACCCGAUGUUUUUACUGUUAGUGUUGGAAAUCUACCCCCUAAGGCUAAGGUCCUGAUCAAAAUCACCUACAUCAUGGAACUCAGCAUCCAAGGCACCAGGGCCGUCUUCUUCAUGCCCGCCACUGUAGCACCCUGGCAACAGGACAGAGCUUUGAAUGAAAACAGUCAGGAUACAGUAGAGAAGAUUUAUGUAAAGGAAAUAGGAACAAAGCAAAGCUUCUCUUUGUGUAUGUCCAUUGAGAUGCCAUAUGUGAUUGAAUUCAUUUCUAGUGAUACACAUGAACUGAGACAAAAGAAUACAGACUGCAAAGCUGUAAUUAGCACCAUGGACGGUAGCUCCUUAGACAGCAAUGGAUUCUCCCUUCAUGUCGGUUUAUCUGAUGCACAUCUCCCAAGAAUGUGGGUCGAAAAACAUCCAGAAAAAGAAAGUGAGGCCUGCAUGCUUGUUUUUCAACCAGACCUCGAUAUCGCACUCCCUGACCUAGCUGAGAACAAUGAAGUGAUUAUUUGUCUUGACUGCUCCGCUUCCAUGGAGGGUGCGACAUUCUUGCAAGCCAAGCAAAUUGCCUUAUAUGCACUGUCCUUGGUGGGAAAGAAGCAAAAGAUAAACAUUGUCAAGUUUGGCACAGGUUACAAGGAAUUAUUUUCAUAUCCUAAGUAUAUCACAAGCAACAAUGUGCCAACAGAGUUCAUUAUGUCUGCUACACCUACCAUGGGAAAUACAGACUUCUGGAAAACACUCCGGUAUUUAAAUUUACUGUACCCUUCUCAAGGGUUACGGAACAUUCUCCUUAUAUCUGAUGGGCACCUCCAGAAUGAGAGUCUGACAUUGCAGCUUGUGAAAAGAAAUGUCCAACACACCAGGCUGUUCUCCUGUGGUAUUGGUUCUACAGCAAAUCGUCAUAUCUUAAGGACUUUGUCCCAGUACGGUGCUGGAGUAUUUGAGUAUUUUAACUCAAAAUCCAAACACAGUUGGAAAAAACAGAUAGAAGACCAGAUGACCCGGUUGCAUUCUCCAAGUUGUCACUCUGUCUCCGUCAAGUGGCAGCAGCUAAGUGCAGAUGCACCUGAACCCCUGCAGGCCCCAGCCCAGGUGCAGUCCUUGUUCCUCAACCAUCGACUCCUUGUCUACGGAUUUAUUCCUCAUUGCACACAGGCAACUCUGUGUGCAUUAAUUCAGGAGAAAGAAUUGUCUACAAUGGUAUCAACUACUGAACUUCAGAAGACAACUGGAACUAUGAUACACAAGCUGACAGCGCGAGCUCUGAUCCGAGAUUAUGAAGAUGGCAUUCUCCAUGAAAAUGAAACGAAUCAUGAGAUGAAGAAGCAAAUGUUAAAAUCUCUGAUUAUUAAACUCAGUAAAGAAAACUCUCUCAUAACACAAUUUACAAGCUUUGUGGCAGUUGAGAAAAGGGAUGGUAAGGAGGCACCUUCUCCUAAUAUUCCAAAUAUUACGGAACUUAUUGCCAAAGAGGAUGUAGAUUUCCUGCCAUACAUGAGCUGGCAGGAGGAGCAACCAGAUGCCAGUGUGGUACAGCCUCUUUCAGCAUUCUCUACAUGGAAUGAAGAGCUGCGACAUCAUUUGACUAACAGAAAACUUGGAUCACCUAAGCUGGAAGAUUUUGAAGAUUUUGAAAAGGGUUGCUUCAGUUCCCCACUAUCAGAAAAAUCUUUAACACUCAAUUUCGCAUGUGAAGAUGUGGAAAUGCCAUUGGAUAUAAGUCAGAUGGAUUCAUUUAAGCAAACAGGAACUGAACCAUUAUAUAGAAGUGACCCUUUCCUAAAAGAGGGUGCUUGCAGUAUAUCUGCUGCCCAUAGGUUAGCCUGUUUGGAAGUUGAGCCCGUAAUUGGUUCUCGUUUCCACUGUCCUUCCCACUUACAUCGUUCAAAGGUUUGUCUUGCUUCUCCUGCUAGUUCUGAACAGUCUGGUCCGUCUGAGAAUGACCAAGACCUUCAAACUGACAGUUGUAGUGAUUCUUCCCUUGAGUCAUCUACCGCUUUCAGACUGUCUCUCCUGCCUUUGAGCUCCUUUGCUUGUGUUCCUUAUUCAGGUGACUCAUGUAACUUUGGACAGGUUGAUCUACCUGACAGUUAUCAAGGUCAUAAGACUGACAAUUGUGCUAGCAAUUCUCUUGAGUUGGACUCUCCCCCACAGCCGAAUACUUUUUUCUCUCCUCCUAGAGUUCCUUCCUCUGGUCUAUCCAGAGAGUUUGACUUUCAUUACCCUUCUGGUUCUCCUCUUUAUUUUCAAAAUUCCUCAGUUCAUUCGAGCACCGCUUACAAGCCACAGAUAGAUCUGUUUGCUAACACAGAAUUGGAGGCUUCUUCAGCAAAUGUUUGUGCCAUAAUUUCAUCAUCUACUUCAAGUAAUGGGCAUUUUUCUGAAACAAAAAAUGUUGAAACACCAAGAUUUCAGAAACGUCGUUUGGCACAAUCUGUUCUAACAGGAAGUGCCUUUACUGCAAGCUUUCAGGCACAAAAAGAUGAACAAAGCUGGAUGAAUUUUGUGCCUUGGACCAAACUCUUCAGUCUACAAACUGAGGAUGGCUUCUGGAAACUUACAUCAGAACUGGGAUUUAUUUUAAACCUUAAUACAAAUAUUUUAAACAGCUUUCUUGAACAAAAAGGCAUUAGAUCUCUAGGUAUAAAAGGAAGCGAGCGUCUCCUGGACCUGAUCGCCACAUUUCUGGUACUGCAGUUUCUUCGUACCAAGUUGGAACAAAAGGGAAUAGUCUUCAAAUCACUGAUGAAGUUGGAUGAUGCUUCCAUUUCCAGAAAUAUUCCCUGGGCUUUUGAAGAAAUAAAGAAAGCAAGUGAGUGGGUAAGAAGAACCGAAGGGCAAUAUCCAUCUAUCUGCCAACGGCUUGAAUUGGGUCAAGACUGGGACUCUGCAACUAAGCAGCUAUUGGGGAUCCAAACCAUAGACACCACUUCUCCUCUUCACAGAGUUCUUAAUUACAAUCAAGGCUGAAUCAACUGAAGUUGUAUUUUAAACAUUAUUCAUGCUUCUAUGUGUAUAAUAAUCAGAUAUCAAUAGAUACCUAUAAUGAAGUUUAAUUCAGAUUUUAUUCAAUGUAGCACUCACUUUAAACAGAAACAGAAUUGAUUAUUUUAAUGAACAAGUGAUAACCAAUUACAAUAUUACAGAUUUUUUGUGUUUAAAUGCUUAAAGUAAUAAGAGAUACACCUGGCUAGUCCUGGAGCCUAUUUUCUUCUCCCCUUUAAGGAGUCUGGUAUAGAAUCUGGCCAGCUAGGCUGAGAGAGCUGGGGAGAAACAAGGCCUUUGGCUGAUGUCAGUGUUGCUGACAUGCCAGCCUGUUUCCAGGCCCUGAGUAUCUAGACCUUUGCCCUCGGUAUGCAUACUCCCUGCAUCCUAGUCUGUAGAUCUCUUGAUACAUUUUUUGUCACUCAGAGAAACUAGGUGUCUCAUGCAAUUCUUUCAUGGAUCUUGCUUUUGGUAUUGCAUCUAAAAUCCUACAGUCAUGUGGAUUUCUUCCUAUGUUAUCUUGUAGAAGUUUUUAUAAACUUUGCAUUUUAUGUUAUGGUCUAUGAUCCAUUCUGAGUUAUUUUUUAUGAAGGUUGUAAGGUCUUUCCAUCUUCCCCUACACUACCAUUUCCAGGCCGUUACCUCUCUACCUUUAUGCAAAAACUUUGGUUUCUUUGAGGUUCAGUCUUUGGCUGUCCUCCAACAUGUCCUCCUUGCUGUCAUUCACCAAAUGUUCAGUACCUCAACACAUUUACAUAUGGUUCAGGAUUUCCCUUUCUAUUGGCAGUCCUGCCUUCAUCUUGAGUGACUCCCCAAAUCCUAAUGUAUGACCCCUCCUAAUUCCCUGGACUCGAACCACAGCUAUAAUUGAGUCUUGGCAGAACUCUUUGAUACCCAACGGAUAGCAAGGAAGCUUGUGAGGUGCUACCAUGAGGCCUUCUCCCACCUGCCUAUCUCUCUGGGAGGCAGACAUGAGACCGUUUUUUAUCCUCCCAGUCCUGACAAGGCAUAAGGCUCAGAUACAGCUACAGACUAAAAAUCCUUAGAGCUGCAUCUAGACUUGGCUCCUCAGCAUUGAUGUGUCCCACAACUCACUUUGCAGUUAUCUAGCUCCUUUUUGGGUGUGGGACAAGAACCAAGGGGAGCUGGCAUCUUUGACUAUCUUCCUCUUGCUGUUUAUAUAAGUAACAAAUCAUCUAAAUCUAAAGUGGCUUGUUAUAUCUUUACUGGCUAUAUCAAUCAGAUCUUGCCAUUGGCCUUGCUGCUUGACAUAAUCAUAGAAGAUAAACUCUUUUGUUUUAUUAGAUUAAGGAAUAAAAGAAUGAUACCUGGUA